AAAAUCGAUCAUAUAUUUUGUAAACAAAGCAUAUCUAUAAAUAAUUUGCAAAUGUAAAUAGAAUGCCGUAAACAAGGUGAAAUCCACGAUUAUUUGUGACUAAUAUCCAUUUCUGAAAACUGUAUAAUCACAAAUUAACAAAGAUUGCUCAUGAUCAAGACGUAUAAAUCCUUUUAUUUUACCAGAGGUUAAAUAUAUUGUUUAUACAAAUCAGUGAUAAAAAGGUCAUGGUGGAAAACAGAGCAAUAAAUAUUUUUAAUUAAAUUAAUAAUUUGCGUCUUAUAGUUUAUUCAGUUCAAGUGAUCCCUUUGAUAGACAUGAUUUUUACGAAGCAGCUUUUGUUGCUAUUACUGAAUGUUAUUUUAGUAAUAGCAGGUGAUACUGAUAGUAAUAACAACGAAAAUGUAAUUUCUGCUGUUAUACACUAUUUACGUAAGCAAAAUCCCCAUUAUUACUACACCAGUGGUAACAUCGCUCAAUCUUAUAUUAAGGAUAAUAAUUUAUAUGUCCAAAGCGAUAUUGAAGCAGUCUGUACACGUCCUUGUACAGGGGGUACUCUAAGUUGCAAUUCCGUAUUAGAGAAGUUGGAAGGUGACGAAGAUUGGAAGGUAACUUCAACGAUUUGUGCUCCGAAAGAACCGCAUUUUGAAGGGAUAAAAGAAUCGUCGCCAGUAUCAGAAAAACCUCUUGUACAAGAGUCGAAAAAGAUUGCUUACAACGAACCGGCUAUUAUUUCGAGAAGAUCGAAGGUAUGUGCAGGGUGUCCCAUAGAUAUUGACACCAAUGCCGAAGGUGUAAAUAAAUUGGUGUCUGCAGCUUUAAAGCACGUUGAAAGCGAAAGAGCAGCAAAACACGUUGUUGUUAAAGUCCUGAGAGUCCAAGAACAGGUGGUGUCAGGAAUUAAGUAUACAUUGCUAAUAGAAAUCGCCCCUACCAUAUGCGCGAAGAGCGUCGGCGCAUUGGAAUGCCCUAUAGAUUCAGAAAAAGAGCAGUUCAUAUGUGAAGUAGAAUAUUGGGACAGACCAUGGUUGCACAGUUCUUCAAUCAUCAAAAACAAUUGUACAACUUCGCAGGAUUAUCAGUUGGAAGAACCAAUUAAUACCACUAAAAAACCCGAAAUACAGCCGGACUUUUUAUCCGAAUUGGAGGCUCAAAUUAUUCCCGAAUCCGAUUCGAAACACCACAAAGAUCACGUCAAUAAAAAUUACCAAGUACCGACGGUUCAUUAUCCCGACUUUGAUUUCGUGCCAAUUCCUGAAGUCAUAGUAACUAGAAGGCAAAUACGAGACAUUAGCAGUGGCAGUUCGUCAAAUACUAAUGAUGGAAACGACAUUAGAAAGGAUGAUAUUUUUAGUUCAAGCAGUUCCUCAUCAGAAGAAGAUGACGGAAACCAAACAAAAAAGAAGAAUUACCAAGGUAGUUCCAGCAGUUCCGGAAGCAGCAGCAGUAGUAGCAGCUCCGAAGACAAUACCCACAAAAAUGGCGAGAACAAAAAAGAAGACAUCGACGGCCUCCUUCCGGUAAUCCAGAAAUAUUUGAACUCAAAACACAUCGAAGUAGUUAAAUAUUCCAAAGUGGAUUUGGACGAAACCCAUUUUAAACUGGACAUACUGGUUGAAAAAGAAGGCGAUUAUGAUGAAUGCAGAUUGCACGUAAUCAAAGAAGGCAAUGGAUCCAAUUCCGUAGUGAAUAAAAAUUGCGGCAAGGAUAGAUUUAAAAGGGCGCAUUUAUUAGGCGGUGUUGUUAAUGUCGAUUUGAACGAUCCUGCCAUUAAAUCGUUUUUAAACACCGGUUUGCAACAUCUCGAUUCCCAAUCGAUCCAUGCUAACAGAUAUAAAGUCAAGGAAGUACUGAAAGCAACCAAGCAGCCUGUAAGCGGUACUCUUUGGAAAAUAAAAGCCAAAAUCGUUCUGUCGAAUUGCGAGAAAGGUAAAACCGAGGAGAUCGAAACUUGUGGAGAGAAUUCCGAUCCGCACGAACAAAUUUGCGAUAUUGUAAUAUACGAUGUACCUUGGAUAAAAGAGGGAAGGCAAACUAACAUAACUUGUGACCAUGAAGAGUAUUCUUUUAGGACUAGAAGAGACACAAACUUCAUUGAAGAUUCAUCGAUCGAAUUAAGAUUUCUACAAUUCAUAAGCCAAUUUCAAAAGGAUUACAAAAGCAAACUCGAAUAUUUACUACGCUUGAGAAUAUUCAAGGACAAUCUGUACCGCAUAUAUCUCUUUAAUAAGCACGAAAAAGGUACUGCCCAUUACGACAUUACGAAAUUCGCCGAUCUCACCCCUGCCGAAUUCUCCCACCUUCACGGUUUGCGAACGGACCUCCGCAGCGACAACGACGUUCCUCUGCAGAAAGCCGCCAUUCCCGACGUCGAUUUACCAGCGGCGUUCGAUUGGCGCGACAAAAACGCCGUCACCGAGGUCAAAAACCAAGGGAUGUGCGGCAGUUGCUGGGCAUUCAGCACCACCGGCAACGUCGAAGGCCAGUACGCCAUCAAGUACAACAAACUGAAGGAGUUCUCCGAACAGGAAUUGGUCGAUUGCGACAAAUUGGACGAUGGUUGCAAUGGCGGUUUGAUGGACAACGCCUAUAGGACAAUAGAACGAUUGGGAGGUUUGGAAUUGGAGAGCGAGUAUCCUUACGAUGGGGAAGACGAGAAGUGCCAGUUCAACAAAUCGAAAGCGGUCGUUCAAUUGAAGGGAGCAUUGAACAUCAGUCACGAUGAGACGGAUAUGGCUAAAUGGCUUACCAAAAACGGGCCCAUUGCUAUAGCAAUAAACGCGAACGCGAUGCAAUUCUACGCGGGCGGAGUGUCGCAUCCGUGGAAAACGCUGUGCAAUCCCAACGAGUUGGAUCACGGCGUUCUGAUUGUUGGUUACGGAGUUCACACCUAUCCGUUAUUUAACAAAACUCUUCCGUACUGGAUUGUAAAGAACUCUUGGGGUAAAACUUGGGGAGAGCAAGGAUACUACAGAGUUUAUAGAGGAGACGGUACGUGCGGUCUGAACGAAACUCCUUCGAGUGCCAUCGUGGCUUAAUCAGUUCUUUAGUUUACUCAUGUACUAUUAAUGUAAGAGGAAUGUUAUUUUAUGCUCUCUAAAAUAAAAAUCUAUCAUUGUUCGUAA